UCUCUCAGAGAAGCUCUGCACUCUCUCGACCAGAAAUGGCUCCAACCAGCACUCGAGACUCUCCUAUUUCAAUGCUCUCCACCAAAGACAGACAUAAAUUGAGGAAACCAGUCGUGGAAAAGAUGCGAAGAGAUCGUAUCAACACCUGCAUCGAGCAGCUCAAGGUCCUGCUGGAGAAGGAGUUCCACAAACAGGAUCCUAACGCUAAGCUGGAGAAGGCUGACGUCCUGGAGAUGACUGUGGCCUUCCUCAAGCAGCAGCUGCAGAUCCAGAGCCCGGCUGCUCACACAGCACACAGCCAAGGCUACUCGCAGUGCUGGAAGGAAACCCUGCACUUCCUGUCCUCCAACUCACUGAAGGAUGUGACUCUUCCACACCUCCAGCGCAUCCCCACUGCCCACAGAGCCGGCCACGACGUCUUCUCCACACCUGCCCGCUCCUCUAAGAUCCACAUCCAGAGUCCAGUGAAGCAUCUUCCCAGCCCAGUGAAAGCAGUGUGGAGGCCGUGGUAGAUGAUCCACAGACUCUGUAUCACACAGGAUGGAGGUUUUCCAUCAUGAAAGCUGUAGGAGAAUGAUUUCCAGAUGUUUUAUUGAAGGAAUGUGUUUUUGAAUGUUUUAAUCUUCUUUCAUACUCUUUAGAAAAGAGCUAAGAAGAUGCUUUCAUUUCUUCAAAUUGAAGAGUAUUAUGGAGACACUGUUGUUGAUAGUGCUGUUCAGUUUGUGCUCUCUUGAUGCACCAUUUAAUGUCACGAAUCCUUCUUUGAGGAUCGCUUGUAAAGAUAUUGUCUUUAUUUUAGAUAGUUGCUAAGCCAACAGAAGCAUUUGCCUUAAACCUCUUUAUCACUAUAUUUGCCUGUUUAAAUGAUGUUUUAUUACACCGAUUGCCUUUUGUAAAGGUUUUGUUGGGAUCUGUCGAGUUCCAAAGGAGGUAACAUUGUACUGUGAAAUGAAUUAUUGACACUGUGUGUUAGCUGAAAUUGCUUGAUGAAGUGAUUGGAUGUGAAAACAAAACACUUUUCCCAUGGAAAGGUAAAAUUAUGAUAACAAGUACUUGUAGUCUCAAAAGAGAAAUAUGCAUAAUGAUUCUUCAUUCAAACUAAUAAUAAACAUGU